UGAAUAAGCGGGAACAAAAUAGCUUCACUCAUUUUUAACUUAUUUAACCCGAAAUUACCCAAAAAUUAAUUGUUUCAACUGUUCAACUACAUUCCCUUACAAUUAAUUCAACGAAAUAAGUAUCUGGAUACUGAAAAUAAGGCGUAAAAAUAAUUAAAACUCUGAAAUUGUGAAACGUCGUGUUCUUUGUUUACGUUUUGGUCCCAAAAACACGCCGUAAAAAUGGAUUUCCUCGAAUACUCUUCGAUAAAUGCUGAAUCCAAGGGCUCAAUGAGCUCGGGUCGCAUCAAAAUGACCGACCAAAACAUCGUCUUCAAGCACGACAAGACCGGGAAAGUCGAGCAACUCAAUGCCGGCGACAUUGAACUCGUGAAUUACAUGAAGACUGUCGGUUCGUAUGGCAUCCGGGUGUUUAUGAAGAACGGAGCGUUGCAUCGUUUCUUCGGUUUCAAAGACGACGAGCAAAAAAUCGCGGAUUUCUUCAAGAAAAACUACAAGCUUGACAUGCUUGAGAAGGAAUUAUCGUAUCGCGGAUGGAAUUGGGGCACGGCGGCGUUCAAUGGAUCUGUCUUGAGUUUCAACAUUGAGAAGAAAACGGCUUUUGAGAUCCCCCUGAGCAACGUUUCGCAAUGUCAGACGGGCAAAAAUGAGGUUACUUUGGAAUUUCAUCAAAACGACGAUGCCCCGGUUGGAUUAAUGGAGAUGCGUUUCCACAUUCCGACGUCGGAAACAGCAGAAUCUGAUCCUGUGGAAGGUUUUUACAACAACGUUAUGGAUCAAGCGUCGGUUAUUUCGGUUUCGGGCGAUGCUAUUGCCAUUUUCCGGGAGAUUCAUUGUCUUACGCCACGUGGUCGUUACGAUAUCAAAGUAUUCCAGUCAUUUUUCCAGUUGCACGGAAAGACAUUCGAUUACAAAAUCCCCAUUUCAACCGUUCUUCGUCUCUUUUUGCUCCCGCACAAGGAUAAUCGACAAAUGUUUUUCGUCAUUUCGCUUGAUCCGCCAAUCAAACAAGGUCAAACUCGUUAUCAUUUCCUUGUUUUGCUGUUCAACAUGGAAGAUGAGACCAGCAUCGAGUUACCAUUCACGGAGGAAGAGUUGAAGGACAAGUACGAGAAUAAGCUCGAAAAGGAGUUAAGUGGUCCCGUUUACGAAGUUUUGGGAAAAAUCAUGAAAGUUAUCGUCAAUCGGAAACUCACAGGGCCCGGAAACUUCAUUGGGCAUUCAGGCACGCCCGCAGUUGGUUGCUCAUACAAAGCAGCUGCCGGCUAUUUGUAUCCCUUGGAACGUGGCUUCAUCUACGUGCACAAACCUCCGAUUCACAUCCGUUUCGAGGAAAUUGCUUCGGUGAAUUUCGCUCGUAGCGGCGGCUCAACACGCAGUUUCGACUUCGAAAUCGAGCUAAAAUCCGGAAAUGUUUACACUUUUAGCAGUAUUGAGAAGGAAGAAUACGGAAAACUUUAUGAUUUCAUCUCGUCGAAGAAGUUGGCGAUCAAAAACACCGGCAAAAACGACAAACAAUCGUAUCGCGACGACUUUGGCGACAGCGAUGCCGAAAACGAGCACGACGCCUACUUGGAAAAGGUCAAAGCUGAAGCGAAAGAUCGUGAUAGCGAUGAUGGCAGUGACGAUGAUGAGUCCACAGAUGAAGAUUUCAACCCCAACGAGGCAGAAAGUGACGUUGCUGAAGAAUACGACAGCAAUGCGCAAUCCAGCAGUUCCGAUUCUGAAGGGGGCGGUGCCUCGGAUGACAGCGAAAAGCGUCGCAAGAAGGAAAAGAAGCAGGAACGCAAGGAAAAGGAGAAGAAACGCAAGGAAAAAUCCGAAAAGAGCAGUUCGAAACCGAAAAAAUCGAAAAAUAAAGACAGCGAUGCCCCGAAACGCCCGACAACGGCAUUCAUGUUGUGGCUGAACGAGUCGCGCGAACAAAUUAAGAAGGAAAAUCCGGGAAUUUCGGUUACGGAAAUCGCCAAGAAGGGCGGCGAGAUGUGGAAAGAGCUGAAAGACAAGUCGAAAUGGGAAGGAAAAGCGGCGAAAGCAAAGGAAGAGUACAACGAAGCGAUGAAGGAGUACAAAGCAAAGGGCGGCGGUUCGAGCAAGGGUGAAGGAGGAGGUGAAAAACGCAAGAAGGAACAUAAGACACCGACGAAAUCUCCCGGAGGCUCUGGAUUUAAGAGCAAAGAGUACAUUUCGGAUGAUGACAGCAGCGACGAGAGUGAAAAGGAGUCGAAAAAGAAGAAGGCGAAGAAAGACAAGUCUGAGGAUGAGUCUGAGUCUGGCGACGAUAGCGAAUAGAUUAUUCACUCGUUCAUUUAAUUUUUUUUAUUUAAUAAGUUUCCGUUACAGUUAAACGAAAUAAAUGUCUUAAAAUCAU